GUGCACACACACAUCUACAUACACAUACACUGAACCUGCACCCUCCCUUCUUGCCGCAGAUCUCUGUGUGAUGUGAAGACAGAAAUAAAGAUACCAACUGCUGUAGCUCUCUUAUUUGGCAGAAAAAACAUGGUGCCUCUUACCUUUGUCUUCCUCCUUUCUUCUGUUUUUCUUUCCUUUUUAGCCUUAAAGCCCGAAGGGAGUUUUUCGAGUGAAUAUGGUCCAGUUUUUGAGGAGCAGCCACAGAAUACACUUUUUCCUGAAGGAUCAGUAGAAGAAGAAGUCAUUCUCUCCUGCCGUUCAAGAGCAAGCCCUUCUACCACAUAUAGGUGGCAACUGAAUGGUACAGAACUGAACCUGAAUGCAGAUCCCAGCUACCGAUUGGUGGGAGGCAGUUUAGCAAUUUCCAGUCCAACACAAUCAAAACAUGCAGGAUCUUACCAAUGUAUUGCUUCAAAUCCCAAAGGCACAGUGCUCAGUAGUGAAGCCUCUCUGCGAUUUGGCUACCUGCAUGAGUUUCCGUCAGAAAAGAGGGAACCUGUCAAAGUAACAGAGGGAUGGGGUAUUACGCUGACCUGCAACCCUCCAAAGCAUUAUCCAGGUCUGACGUACCACUGGCUAAUAAAUGAGUUCCCAACAUUCCUGAACACAGACAACAGACGUUUUGUUUCUCAAAUGACAGGGAAUUUGUAUGUAGCUUACACAGUAAAGGAGGAUGAAGGAGGAUAUUCCUGCCUGACAACCAGCCAUAUCUCAUUUACAACCAAAAGUGUUUACAGCAGAUUCACCCAACUCACUGUUAUUUCAGAAGCUAAGCCCCGUAUGUAUGCACCAAGUAUUAAAGUGCGAUUUCCUGGGGAGACAUACACCCUGUAUGGUCAGGCAGUUUUCCUAGAGUGCUUUGCAUUUGGAAAUCCUGUACCUCGCAUUCGCUGGCGCAAGGUAGAUGGCACACUACCACCACGAUUGCUUGUUAUAGAUCCUGUUCUGCAUUUCCCAAGUAUUACCUUUGAAGAGGAUGGAACAUAUGAGUGUGAAGCUGUGAACUCAGUGGGCUCCACAACUCACCAGGGACGAGUAAUAGUACAGGCUCAGCCUGAGUGGUUACAUGUGAUUACUGACACCGAGGCCAAGAUUGCCUCUGAUCUUCUCUGGAGCUGUGCAGCCUCUGGCAAACCACGUCCUACCAUCCGCUGGCUGCGUGAUGGCAAACCGCUGACAUCGCAGGUGACUAUUGAAGUACACAAUGGGCAACUGAAAUUUACCAGUCUCAGCCUUCAUGACUCAGGCAUGUAUCAGUGUGUGGCAGAGAACAAGCAUGGUACAAUUUACACUAGUGCUGAGCUUACUGUUCAAGCUUUGGCUCCAGAUUUUCGCCUCUCACCAGUAAAGCGCCUGAUUCCUGCAGCACGAGGUGGUGAAGUCAUUAUACAGUGUAACCCACGGGCAGCACCUACGCCAUUAAUUUUGUGGAGCAAGGGGACAGAACUUUUGCGUAACAGCAGCAGAGUAACGGUCACUGCAAAUGGGACAUUAAUCCUAAGGAACAUUUCUCACUCUGAUGAGGGGAAAUACACCUGUUUUGCUGAAAACGUAAUGGGGAAGUCAAACAGCACUGGGGUCCUAAGCGUGAAAGAAGCCACAAAGAUUACUCUGGCCCCUUCUGGCUCAGACAUUAACCAUGGGGACAGUGUCACACUACAGUGCCAUGCCUCCCAUGACCCCUCAAUGGAUAUUACAUUCACUUGGACACUGGAUGGUAUUCCCAUAGACUUUGAGAAAGAAUCACAACAUUACAGGAGAGCUUCAAUGGAUGAAGCUGUUGGGGAUCUACAUAUUAUUCAUGCACUGCUGAGACAUGCUGGGAGAUACACAUGCAUAGCACAAACUGUGGUGGACCAAGCAUCAGCUGUGGCAUCUCUUCUCAUUCGGGGACCACCUGGUCCUCCUGGAGGGGUGGGGGUAAAAUAUGUUGGAGAAACAACAGUUCAAUUGAGUUGGAGCCGUGGAUUUGAUAAUCAUAGUCCUAUAAGUCGCUAUGUGGUGCAGAUCAGGGAGCCACUCACAGAAACAUGGAUAUUAGCACGGACAGAUCCUCCUACUGUGGAGGGUAAUGCAGAGUCAGCUCUUGUGGUUGGGCUAAAUCAAUGGACAGAUUACUUGUUACGAGUAGUGGCCAGCAACAUUUUGGGAGAAGGGGAUCCUAGUGCCCCUUCUGCUUUGAUCCGGACAAAAGAAGCUGCUCCCAAUGUGGCUCCAUCGGGAGUUGGUGGAGGGGGAGGAGCUCCAAAUGAGUUGACCAUUAACUGGAAGCCAAUUGGAAGGCAAUACCAAAAUGGAGAUGACUUUGGAUACAUUAUUGCAUUCAAAAGAAAAAAUGAGACCACAUGGCAAACAGUUAGAGUUCCGGGGGAGCAGUCACAGCAGUAUGUGUACCGUAAUGAGACCAUUUCUGCCUAUACCCCUUUUGAUGUCAAGAUCCAAGGAUAUAACCGUAAGGGAGAGGGUCCUUUCAGUCGAGACACUACUGUUUAUUCAGCAGAGGAAGAGCCCACAAUGUUUCCUUCUGAAGUUAAGGCUACAGCAAUUUCCUCUUCGGACAUAGAGGUGACAUGGAACUCUGUACAAGCUUUGAAAGGUGUUCUGUUGGGAUAUGAGAUCCGGUACUGGAAGACUGGUGAUAAAGAGGCUGCUGCAGAUAGGGUGAGGUCAGCUGGAAUGGCUACAACUGCUCGUGUAACAAGUCUGAAACCAGACACUUCCUAUUAUGUAACAGUCAGAGUCUACAACCAAGCUGGAACUGGGCCUUCAAGCCCUGCUACUAAUGUAACAACAUCCAAAGCAUUUCCAAGUAGAUCACCAGAAAACAUCACAUGGACUCUGUCUCGUAAAGGUCUUAUAAUUAAGUGGGAUCCGAUGAUAGCACUGCAAAAUGAAUCCUUUGUUACAGGGUACAAGAUUCUUUACCGAAUGAACCAUCAUUCUACUACUACCCUCUAUGUGACAAGCAAAACACAUAUAGAGUUUCCAUUUCCUGAAGGAGCUAGCACUGUGACCAUACAGCUACGUGCUACAGGAAAAGGAGGUGAUGGUAAACCAGCUGAGGUUCACAUCCCAACAGAUUCAGGUACCAGCAUGAUGGUGGAAAAUACUGCAUCCCGUCCAAUACUGCAAGUGCUGGCUGUUAACAUAGCAACUCUGCUUUUUCUACUGAGAUACCUAAAUGUCUAAGAGCAUUAUGGGAACAGUAAAACACAAACUUCAUUGUCUGAAAGACUGAAAAGCAGGGAUGGAUCUCUCCCUCCUCCAUACACAAAAAGACACACGGCUCUCCUAAAUGCAUUUUCUUGUAGUAGCUAAAAAGUCUGUAUGAAUUAUUUUUUGCUGUAUGAGAGUUGAGAACCUGUUUAGCAGCAAAGAGUUGCAGAAGCAUUUUUCUCAAAACAGAAGGGGUUGCUGAUAUUUGAAUUCUUAGGGAAUGCAGAACUUUUCUGAUGUCAUAGUGGGGAACUUUGUCUUAUUAAGCAGUCGGUAUAUGCUUUAUAAAAAACAUUUUUUUUAUGUCA